AUGCCAUAUUCUUUCUCCCUUUCUUUCUUUCCUUCUUAUUUUCCUUCCUAUAUUUUUGUUUUUUUAUUUUUAUUAUUUUUCUUCUAUAAUUUAAAAAAAAUAUUUUGUCUUCUCUUUCUUUCCUUCAUCUUUUUUUAUUUUUAUUUUCCUUUACUUUCUUUAUUUUCUUCUUCACUAUUCUUUUUUUCAUUGUACUCUUUCAAUUUCUUUUGGUUUCUUCAUUCAUUUUUCUUCUUUUUUUCCUUUUCAUUUCUUAUCCUUCCUUUCAUCUUGUUGUUUUCAUUCUUUCUGUCCUUCAUUCUCCUUCAUUUCUUUCUUUUUACUUUUUCAUUUUUCAUUCAUCAUUUCUCUUUUCCUAUCUAUCAUUUUUCAUUUCUUUCCUCAUGUUCUUUGCUUCUCAUUUUUUUCUUUUUUGUACAUUAUCCUUCUCUUUCUUUCUUUCUUUCUUUCUUUCUUUCUUUCUUUCUUUCUUCCUUCUCACCAUAUCUUUUUCCUUUUCUUCCUCUGUACAUUUCUUUCUGUCUUUUUCUUACCUUUCCUGAUUUUUUUCAUUUUUUUUCCCGCUUUCUUUCUUCAAGUGCAUAUCCCACGGUUCUUCGCCUUCCAAAAAUUAGUCGGUAUAAUUUGUUCUGA